CGCCCAGAAAAGCUACUGAUACGGUGAAGAUGAAGCUUGCGAAUGUCAUCUGCGAUCAUCACGGCUGAGCUCGAGACUCCGCUGCUCCGCGUGGAGUGAUUUAAAGUCGCAUGGCUUCUCUGCCAGCAUCAGAGCGAAGAGCUUUCGCUCUCAAAAUCAACAGACACUCCUCGGCAGAUAUCCGGAGACAAUUCAGUGGGGUCAGUCAUGGGUCCCUGCCGCACCAUCGGCACAGUAACAGCACAUCUGGCUCUUUCAGCUUCAACAUACCUCAGUCAUAUGAAGCGGUUGAGCCGGUGGACCUGGAUGAGUUCCUGAUGUCACAGCUGCGCAGUGGAGAUGCUGAGCUCAUGCAAGAGCUGGGAGAGUUCCCCGAUGAUGACCUGGAGCUGGAGCUGGUGGAAAGAGAAUGCAGGACCAUCCGGCCCUCUGUUCCAGAGGAAGGAGUGGAGCUGGACCCUCACGUGAGAGACUGUGUUCAGAGUUAUAUACAGCCAUGGUUGGUGGUUAGCAGAAGAACUCAGGAAUAUGGAUGGAUCUCAUAUUCAGAGAGGACAGACGCUAACAAAGUAUUACAGAGACAGAUAUUUGAGUCUGAAGUUCAACCUGAUAAACAAGAGCAGCCGGAAAAGUCCCCGUCCCUGACAGCACUGUGUGAUGAUUCGUCUCGGACCACCCUCACCUGCUCAGACUUCAACUUGCGUUUACUCCAGCCGGACCCUCGGGUGGACAGCCUUUUGCGCUUCAGCAACCCAGAGGAGCUGGACCGCUUCAACCAGGAGUCCAGACAGAGCAAUCGCCAUGGCGAGGUUUUCGGUCUAUAUCCACCUCUAGAUGAGGAGGAUGCUGUAGCGAUUCGUCCCAUUCCCGAUUGUCCCAAAGAGCACUUUGGACAGAGGAUCCUUGUGCGAUGUCAUAGCAUCAAGUUGGAGAUUGAAAUCGAGCCCCUCUUUGCAACGAUGGCCCUCUAUGACCUGAAGGAGAAGAAGAAGAUUUCAGAGAACAUCCACUUGGACCUGAACUCAGAUCAGAUGAAGAGUCUCCUGCGCCCGCACACCCCCCACAUAGAUACCUCCACUUUGGCCAGAGCUGCCAUUUUCUCCAUCUCCUACCCAUCUCCAGACAUCUACCUGGUCAUUAAGAUUGAGAAGGUUCUUCAGCAGGGAGAGAUCGGGGAUUGUGCUGAACCGUACAUGGUCAUGAAGGAGAGCGACACAGUGAAGAACAAAGACAAGCUGGAGAAGUUGAGGGGUCAGGCAGAGAGCUUCUGUCAGAGGCUGGGCCGCUACAGGAUGCCGUUUGCCUUCGCCACGGUUAACAUCAUGAGUGUGAUCAGCUCCACGCUGGAGCGAGAAAGCGCUGAGACGGACAGCAUCAAUGGCAGGGGUUUAGACAAAAAGAAUCUGCCUAGACGUAACUCUGACAGAUUUAGCUUGAUGGAGGACAACUAUUCUCUGUCUGGCUUUAAACCAGCUGUCACUGUGUGUACGUUCUUCAAGCAGGAAGGAGAGCGUCUGAGUGACGAGGACCUUUUCAAGUUCCUGGGGGAUAUCAAGAGAUCUUCCAAUCAGAGACGUGUUAAGAUCAUACCCGGUUUUGUGAGACUUGAAGUGUCCCCAGUCCCAGACGUAGUGCCUGGGUGUCUGUCCCCUGAACUGAUUCCCGUGAAGCCUGUGUCUGAGAAACAUCCACGAGCAGUUAAAGAAGUCCUAGAGUUUCCUUCCAGCGAAGUCUAUGUGCCUCACAACAUAUAUAGGAACUUCCUGUAUGUUUAUCCUCUGAGGCUGAAUCUUACCAACCGUUUGACAUCAGCUAGAAACAUUACAGUUAAAAUCCAGUUCAUGAGUGGUGAAGACCCCAGCUGUGCCAUGAAUGUGAUCUAUGGAAAAUCAAGUGGUCCUGAGUUUCUUCAAGAGGUCUACAGCCCAGUCACAUACCACAACAGGUCUCCAGACUUCUAUGAUGAAGUGAAGAUCCGCAUGCCGGCUCGUUUAACCAAGAAACAUCACCUUCUCUUCACCUUCUUCCAUAUCAGCUGUCAACAGAAACAGAACCAGACAGGCAAUUUGGAGACUCUCAUCGGAUAUUCAUGGUUACCCAUAUGGAAUAACGACAGACUACAGACGGGGCAACAGUGUCUGCCGAUCGUUUUGGACAAACUUCCUCUCAACUAUUCCAUGCAUUCUCCUGAGAAAUUGCCAGCUCAGGUUCCCCCGGUCAAAUGGAUGGAAAACCACAAAGGACUGUUCAGCCUUGAGUUAGCCUGCAUGUCCUCAGUUCAAACACAGGACAGUCACCUGGAACGUUUCUUUACUCUGUGUCACGCUCUGGAGGGGAAGACCACGUUCCCUCUUCGAGUGGGCGAUGAGAAGAUCUCUGAGAACAUGUUUGAACACGAGCUGAAGAUGAGCAUUAUCUCGCUGUCCUCCUCCGGCCUGGAGCCGCUGGUACUUUUUCUCCAUCAGGUUUUGGACAAGCUCUUUCGUCUCAUCAUGCAGCCCAUGGUCAUCGCAGGACAGACCGCAAAUCUGGCCCAGAUUGCAUUUGAGUCAGUAGUGUCAGUUGUUAACAGCCUUCACAACAGUCAGGAGCUGGCGAAGGACCAUCAGGGAAGAAGCUGUCUCUUAGCAACGUACCUGUACUUUGUGUUUCGGUUGCCAGACUCGCAGCACGAAAUCCACACCACAGGCACGGGAGGUCAGAUGGCUCAUCCUGAGAACAGGUACAGCACUCUGACUCGCACCUCGGCGACGACGGUGGGCUUAAUGCUCCUUCAGUCACGGAUCCGAUCCAGCAGCAACCCUGAUAUACCAGCACCGCACAGCCCAGAGGACUCCGAGGUCGAUAAUAUUCUCGCAAAGGGUUUAAAUCACCCGGGCAGUCGGGUUUCCACCGCUGUUAACCUUCCCGGAAGUGCUCAGACCUCUGCAAGCACACGACCUGCAAACAAAAAGUUAUUCCAUGAGGAACUGGCUCUUCAGAUGGUGGUGAGCACCGGAGUGUGCCGGGAGAACGUCUACAAAUAUGCCUGGUUCUUCUUUGAGCUUCUUGUGAAGGCCAUGAGUCAACAUGUGUCUCAGCUGGACAAAAAGACAAUCGCUCGAAGGAAUCGAUUCUCAGACCGCUUUAAAGAUGACAUCACUACUAUUGUCAACGUGGUCACGGCUGAGAUCGGGAGCAUUUUGGUUAAACAGCACAAGGAGCUGGAGCAGGCGGAGAAGGUUAACAUCAGCUUGGCGUUCUUCCUCUAUGACCUGAUGUCUAUUAUGGACCGUGGCUUUGUGUUUCAGCUGGUAAAGAAUUACUGCAACCUGAUGGCAGCCAAGGGCAUGAACAUCGCGACUUUAAUCAGUAUGAGACUUGAAUUACUGAGGGUCCUGUGCAGUCAUGAGCACUACCUCAACCUCAGUCUGUUCUUCAGUAGCCCUGCCUCCGCUCCCGCCUCCCCCUCUCCCUCCACCUCCUCGCAGACCUCCAGCUCGUACAGUUUUCAAGACAAUAAGAUUGCGUCCAUGUUUGACCUGUCGCAGGAUUUUAAGCAGCGCCAUUACCUGACCGGUAUGCUCCUGACCGAGCUCAGUACCGCAUUGGACAUGGAGUCUGAGGGGGGGAGAGUCCAGCAAAAAGCCAUUAAUGCAACUUACAGUUUAUUAUGCGCUCACGAUCUGGACCAGCGCUGCUCAAGGCCCGAGGUCAAGGCUAAGAUCGCCGCUCUCUACCUCCCCCUUGUGGGCAUCAUCAUUGACUCCAUCAAUUACCUUGACUUCACAGUUUCUGAUUCGCGUGGCGGUAAAAGCAAGUCGGGUGGGCCGGAGGAUGACCCUGAUAGCGUCACCCCCAUCAAUCAGUCCGUUGCCCUGGCAAUAGCUGGAAAUCCCUUCAACACCCUGGCAAGGAACGCAAUGAUGUCUAUGGCUACUGUGACGGGGAAAACGACGAACAUGCUGACGGCAGAGACCAGCCGCAAUCUGCUCAUGUGUUUCCUGUGGAUUAUCAAGAACGCGGACCAGAAUCUGGUCCAGCGCUGGACCAUAGACAUGCCCAUCUCUCAGCUGAGCCGCCUGCUGGAACUGCUCGCCAUCUGCAUCUCCUGCUUCGAGUACAGGGGGAAGCAGAGUUCUGAUAAGGUGAGCACACAGGCCCUGCAUAAGUCUCAGCAGGCUAAGGCACGUCUGGAGGAGGCUCUGUUGGGAGGGAUCGGAGCCAGGGGGCAGAUGAUGAAAAGGGUGGGAGGUAACGACAGGACUUUGGGUCAAAGAGAGAACUUGCGCUGGAGGAAAGACCUGACACAAUGGCGCCAAACCAACGACAGGCAGGACAAAUCUAAAGCGGAACUGGAUCAAGAGGCCAUAAUCUGUGGAAACCUGGCAACUGAGACCAACCUCAUAGUCCUUGAUCUGCUGGAGAUGAUAGUACAGGCGGUUCCUCUGGCAGACUGUAAGGAUAAUGUGGUUGGUGGGGUACUAAAGGUCCUGCUGCAUUCUCUCACCUGUAACCAGAGCAACACCUUCCUGUCACACUGUUUCAGCACCUUACGGGCUCUCAUAGUAAAGUUUGGAGACUUGUUGUUUGAGGAGGAGGCGGAGCAGUGUGCAGACCUGUGUCAGAAAGUUCUCCAUUACUGCAGCAGCUGUGUGGACAGCAACAGGAGUCAAGCUUGUGCUACUUUAUACCUGAUCAUGAGAUACAGCUACAGCUCUGCCAGUAAUUUCUCUAGAGUCAAGAUGCAGGUGACGAUGUCUUUGGCCUCAUUGGUUGGAAAGUCUUCAGAUAUCCACGAGGAGUACCUGCGGCGCUCUUUCAGAACCAUUCUUGCGUAUGCAGAAGAGGACACUGAGAUGCAGUCCACACAGCUGCCUUCACAGGUGGACGAACUUUUGAGGAACCUGAACAGUAUCCUCUCAGACACAGUUAAGAUGAAAGAGUUUCAGAAGGAUCCUGAGAUGCUUAUGGACCUCAUGUAUAGGAUCGCAAAGGGCUACCAGACAUCUCCAGAUCUUCGUCUCACCUGGCUGCAAAACAUGGCGGAGAAGCACAACACCAGGAAGUGCUACACAGAAUCAGCCAUGUGUUUGGUUCAUGCUGCAGCCCUGGUGGCUGAAUAUCUCAGCAUGCUGGAGGAUCACAAAUACCUGCCGGUGGGCAGCGUCACCUUUCAAAACAUCUCCCCUAACGUGCUGGAGGAGUCGGCUGUCUCAGACGACAUCUUGUCUCCAGACGAGGAUGGGGUUUGCUCGGGACGCUACUUCACGGAAAAUGGCCUGGUUGGGCUUUUGGAACAGGCCGCUGAGUUAUUCAGCAACGGGGCCUUAUUUGAAGCAGUGAACGAAGUCUACAAGAUAAUCAUUCCUAUAAUGGAGGCUCACAGAGAUUUCAGGAAACUCGCUUCCACACACGACAAACUCCAAAGGGCUUUUGAGAACAUCAUUCAGAAGGGUCACAAGAGGAUGUUUGGAACCUACUUCCGUGUGGGAUUUUAUGGCGCUAAAUUUGGAGACUUGGAUGAGCAGGAAUUUAUCUACAAAGAGCCAGGAAUCACCCAUUUACCUGAGAUUUCACACCGGCUCGAGAAUUUCUACAUUGAGUGUUUUGGGAAGGAAGUUCUGGAAAUGAUUAAAGAUUCAACACCGGUACACAGAAACAAACUGAAUCCCAACAAGGCAUACAUACAGAUUACCUUCGUGGAGCCUUUCUUUGAUGACUAUGAGAUGAAGGACCGUCUUACCAACUUUGAGAAGAACUUCAACCUUCGUCGCUUCAUGUAUACAACGCCAUUCACGAAGAGCGGGAGACCCCGAGGAGAACUGAAUGAGCAGUACAAACGGAAAACCAUCCUUACCACGAUGCACGCCUUCCCCUACAUCAAGACGCGAAUCAACGUCAUUCAAAAGGAAGAGUUUGACCUCACACCCAUCGAGGUGGCCAUUGAAGACAUGCAGAAGAAGACUCGAGAGCUUGCCGAAGCCACGCACCGAGAGAAGCCAGAUGCCGUGAUGCUGCAAAUGGUUCUGCAGGGAUCUGUCACAGCCACCGUUAAUCAGGGUCCUUUGGAGGUGGCCCAGGUCUUCUUGAACGAAAUCCCGGCAGACCCCAAGCUCUUCCGUCAUCACAACAAACUGCGUUUGUGUUUCAAAGAGUUCAUACUGCGGUGUGGGGAGGCCGUGGAGAAGAACAAGCAGCUCAUUACUCCCGAUCAGAAGGAGUACCAGCAGGAGAUGAAGAAGAACUACAACAAACUGAGAGAGAAUCUCAGGCCCAUGCUGGAGAGAAAAAUCCCAGAGCUUUACAAACCCAUCAUCAAACCUCGCAUUGAGAAUAGAGAUUCCUUCAAACGGCAAAGCCUCCGUCGAACACAAGAUGAAAAUUCAUGAUGUCAAGAGAAUGGUCUCUCUAGAGAAUAUCAAGGGAAGGAUGUUGCAGCGUGCCAGGAAACAACAGCUCUGUCAGCUGAUAUUUAGAUGACUCGAGCAAAGUUUAACGGACAGAAAAUCCUGAAAAUUGUUAUGUUCUUUAUACUGUAUAAAUGGAGAUUUUAAAUCAUGCAGAACAUAUUUUUCAUUUGUUUGUUGUUAUUUUAGAACAAAAAAACCUCAGCUGGUCAGUUUUCUUUGUAGGUCUAUGUUUUUUUAUUCUGAUUAUGGUUCGAAUCUUCUUUAGUAUGUUACAACAUUGCAUUCAUAGUUAAAGGGACUUGUUACAUGUGACUAAAAAUCAAGCUGAUUUCUUUAAAAAAAUGAAACCUAAUCUGGACUAAUAUCACUAAUCCAUUGAAAUGUCAAAAGUGUCAGUACUUAAGCAGAUUUGCUCAAAUGUGUUUACGAACAGCUGGAUACGUGACAAGAAAGUAAUCACCUCAUGUUUUACAUACAGCUAAAUAGCAUAGAUCAAUAUUACUUAAAUCCUUGGUGUUAUUAUGUUUAUAUUGUAAUUGCAGAGAUUUAUGGAAAUGUUGUAUAUAUAGAUCUAUUUUAUUUAUAGAUAAUAAUUCUUAGGAUAUUCCAUCAUUGCGACUAGACUUAUCAAAAUAAAACUGAAUUAGGAAUCCUUGACAAACGCCUUGCAAGAAAAAAACCCCACUUCCUGUUUGUAUUUUUUGUAUGAUUGACUGGAAAUAGCGGAAAAAACAUGUUGUAUUAUUUCACGUGCCAAAAUAGUUCCCAUUGUGUCAACAAUAAAUGUUUCGGUAAACGGUUAAUUUUAUUCUUCUCCCAAUAGGUUAUUUGCACAAGUGUAUAUAAGCUUCUUCUGUUACACAUGUUCCUGCUGUGAAAACUGUGAUAUCUGUAUGUUGGCUCUGUUAACAUUAUCUUGUGCAUAGGUCAGUACGAUUUCCGCAGACCUUACUUCAGUUUGAAAGCACAAAAAAACUAAAUAUUUUUAUCAUGUCAAAUAAAAUGCACUUCUUAAUUAAAAGUA